AUGUUCGACCGAAGGAACGAAGUAGUGAGCCCGAAGGGCGAAGGAACGAAGUUGCCCGCAUUUGAAUUAGAACAAGAAGGAGAGGAAGGGAAGACGCUUACUAUUAAUAAAGGAAAGCAUCGGCUUAUUUGGUCCCCCGCGGAUCAGAGAACUGGCUUGACACAGCAAAAGAAAAGAGGAGAGUUCGAUCCCAUUCUCCGGGAAGAAGAGAUAUUAGUGAACCCCCUUGACCCAAGGCCAAAUGCUGCAUAG